AUGAAGCACCACCACUACCACCAUGACAACUGCAGAUGUCUUCCUCAAUCUUCAGCUUCUGGUCGCCACUCUCUUGCCUGCGACUGCGACCACCGGUCGGCGAUGAAGGAGAUCUCCAGGGAGCAGUCUCUGGUGACACAGCUGCGAGCCAUCGUCCUCCCUGCGCUGCAGCAGGCGGACGAACGCUACGAGCUUGUUGCCCAGAUGUUCCAGAGCAUACUGGAUUGCUCCAGCAAGGCCAUGGCCGAGCUGCAGCGUCAUCAGUCUGAUGAUGAUGCUCAACCAGAUGAUGUGCUGGUUGAUGACAAGAAGAGAGUGAAGAGGAGUAUCUCUGAUGACUGCAUCAGGAAGGAGGAGGGUGUCAGCAAGGAGGAUGAUGUUGUUAAGCCGCGUCAUCAGCAGCUCAAGAGAGGAAACUACUACACAUGCGCCUACAGGCAGGAACAGGGCUGUAAAGCAACAAAGACGUCGUCUACCACGCCCACAGUGGCGGACCCAGGAUCUGAGACCAGGGUAGUCCUGUCCUGGGCCUACCCAUGCUACCUGCUGGGUCCGCCACUGCACGCCCAGCAUACUUGCAAGGACAACAAUGGCAUCAACUCAGGCACCGAUGACUCUGAAACAAACAGCCAAUCCAGCAUAUCGACAAUUUGUACAGAUCCGUAUGUCCCUGAGACAUCCCUAGAUGGCAAUAAGCCGCUCGACAAAUCUGCAGACUUGAUCACAAGGAACAGCAUGUAUGAGCCAUUCGACAUGACUGUGUUUGAACCUUUGGAUUUGGACAGUUGGGAGUUGGAUGCAUUCUUAAGGUUUGGAGCCUGA